AUGGCGCUUGCGUUACCCGAGUUAUUAGCGAAAAUUUUUAAUUUCUUAGCUGAAGAUAAUGCACUAUAUCCCGUCUUGUUUGUCUCUAGACUCUGGUCCAUGUGUUCUGGUUCAAUUUUAUGGCGCCGCAUUGAAUUGUUAGGGAACGGGGACGCUUUCGGGGAGAAAUAUGAAAUUCAGCUGAAAAAGUUUAUGGGAUUCUUAGAUAGAGAAACAAAACCGGUUUAUGCUUCAAAUACGCGAUAUCUCAAAAUUAAUCACUACUAUGAACUCUCAAAUAAGGUAAUUAAAAAGAUAAUCGAAUCAUUUCCAAAUAUAACUCAUCUUGAUUUUAAACGGACUUGUGGGUUCGAUGAUGCAGCAUUAAUUAAAAUUUCUCGGGCAUAUCCUAACUUAAUUCAUCUUAAUGUUUCUAAUAACUGUGAGUUAACCGACAAUUCUAUUAUUGAACUUGCAAGGAGAUGCCCUAAAUUACAGAAUUUGGAAAUUAGUUGGGGCGGAGAUAUCACCGAUAGAUCUAUCUAUGGAAUUACGAGAUCGUGUCAUGACUUAAAGCAUAUAGGAAUAAGCGGAGGUAGAAAUUGUAUUACUGAUAAAUCUAUACGUGAAAUUACACGAUUCAAUCCCAAUAUCCAAUCUUUAAAUUUUAAUUAUUGCAAGAAGCUUACCGAUUCCACAAUUUAUACUCUUGUAGAUUCGUACCCAGAUCUGAGAAAAUUAAAUCUUAGUGAUUGCGAAGAAAUUUCUAACAUAGGUAUCAGACAAAUAGCACGAUGUCAUAAUCUGGAACACCUUGCACUAAAUUCCCUGGGAUUUCUUAAUGAUGAAACGAUAUGUAUUAUUGUACAAUCAUGUCUGAAUAUUCGUUAUCUCAACCUCGAAUUUUGUAAUGUUACAGAUACAGCGGUAGAAGCAGUAACACGCUCAUGUCGUAAUAUAGAAUACCUCAAUCUUUAUGGAUCAGAAUCUAUUACUGAUAAGUCUAUUUCUAAAUUGGCGAAAAUGUGUUCUAAGAUUCGAGAUCUUGAAUUAGGAUUUUGCAAGCUUAUAACCGAUAUAGCCAUCAAAGAUAUCGCACAUAAUUUAUCCGAUCUAAAAUAUCUUGGUUUAAAAUAUUGCAUAAAAAUCAGCAAAGAGGCAUUAGAUACACUGAAUCCGGAUUUAGAUAUAGGUGGAUAUUGCUUCGCAGACACAGUCUAUACAAUCCCAUCCACUUUAUAA